GCAAAGACGUGCCUUCUUUUCCUUAUAACAUAGCUGAUAAAGUCGAAUCUUAUGAUGGUGAAUCUAUAUGGACACUCCAUCAGGGAACGAAAAAGGAGGACGGAAGCCUAGUGUCGAUAUUUGCUUUCGACUGCACUAAACAAAAAGAUAAAUUGCCUUUAGCUAAAAAUGCAUUCAAGAAAUUUCGUACGAUAAGACAUCCCGAUCUUUUACGGUACAUCGAUGGCGUUGAGACUGAUUCAUAUAUAUAUAUUGUAACUGAAAGUGUCACACCCUUGCAAACCCAACUCGAUGCUCAAUUAGGAGAUAAUUCAACGUUAUGGGGAUUAUAUAAAGUCGGAAGUAUACUAAAAUUUUUAAACAAUGACUGCGCAAUCAUUCACGGAAAUGUUAGAAUUUCGUCAAUAUUUUCCAAUAAAUCUGGAGAAUGGAAACUAGCUGGAUUUGAGCUGAUGAGCUCUUUGAAAGAAGAAAGCCCCACUUAUGGAGGAUUGGUGCAUGAAUCUUCAAAAUAUGCGUCUCCUGAAAUUUCUAAAAGUUCGUGGGAUAUCUUAAAAGAUCACGAUAUCUGGGUAACAGAUUCGUGGAACUACGGAAUAUUAAUAUACGAAGUUUAUAAUGGGAAAUUCACCUCGUCAAAGCAACUUGACGGUCUUGGGUCGAUACCACGGGAUAUGCAAGCUUCUUAUAAACAAUUAAUCAAUGUUAAUCCGAAAUCUCGACUUAGCAUCUCGAACUUUAUUGAUAUUGGCUUGAGAGCAAAUGGAUAUUUUCAGAAUGACCUUAUCCAAACAAUUUUAUUCUUAGAAAAUAUGAAUAUUAAAGAAACCGAAGAAAAAAAUAAUUUUUUCAAAAAGUUAAACACAUUAAUCGAUAAAUUUCCUCCGCAUAUUUGUAAAUUCAAGAUUUUACCGGAACUCAUAAAUGCAUUGGAAUUUGGGUCAGGUGGCGCUAAAGUUCUUCCUCUGAUAAUAAAAAUCGGAAAUGCUCUUGAUGACAGCGAAUACGAAUCGGUAGUUUUGUCAUCAAUAGUAAAAAUGUUUACUGUUCCAGACAGAACUAUACGCUUGAGCCUAUUGGAAAAUCUGGCGUCAUUCGUUAACAGGCUGGAUAACAAAAUAAUUAAUGAUAAGAUUUUCCCUAAUGUGGUUCCUAAGUUCACUUCUUCACAGGUUACAGGAUUUACAGACACUAUACCUAUUAUAAGAGAGAAUACUGUUAAGUCUAUUCUUUUACUUAUUCCAAAGCUAUCCGACCGUAUAAUAAAUAAUGAUUUAUUGCGGUAUUUGGCUAAAUUGCAAGUGGAUGAAGAACCUGGCAUUCGCACUAAUACCACAAUAUGCUUGGGGAAAAUUAGUAAAUAUAUGUCUGAAAGCACAAGGAAUAAAGUUCUUGUGCCAGCUUUCACCAGGGCGCUUAGAGAUCCCUUCCCGUAUGCCAGGGCCGCAAGUUUAAUGGCAUUGGCAGCUACUUUGGAGUAUUAUGAUGCAACCGACUGUGCAACAAAAGUGUUACCCUGUGUUUCUGCCGCAUUGAUAGAUAAGGAAAAGCCAGUUCGCACGCAGGCAUUUAAAACUGCCGAUAUACUAUUUAAAAGAUUGGAAAAAUUGGCGGAAUCUAUGCCUGAUUCUGCAAUAGCUGAACAAAAUACAUCCACAGCAUCUUCAACAAUCGUAAUUGCUAGUAGCGUUGCAGGAGCUGCUGCUAGUGCUGCUGAAAGCUGGACUGGAUGGGCUGUCACAUCCUUAACCAAAAAGCUUGCUGGAUCCGUUGAAGGCGAGAUUACUGCACCACCAACUAAUAAUGCAACAACACCUGGAAAAGAAAAUUCACCGAAUGGUCACUCAUUAUCCACGAAUUCUAAUGUUAAGAGCGAUGCUAACGUAGAGCAAAGUGAUCAGGAUACUUCAGAUGGAUGGGAAAAUGGCGAUAAUAUGUUCAGCCUGGAUAGUCCAAUUAAAGAAUUGAACAAUGUUCAAACACCCGGUUCACCAUUAUCCAAUUUUGAAAAGAAAUUAAGUUAUACGGUUGCGACCACUUCGAUGAAAUUGGGUUCUGGGAACAAAUCACAUCCGACUGACAAUUGGGGAUUGGACGAUGAAGACUGGGGUAAUGGCGAUUGGGAAGACGAUUGGGAAGUCUCGAGACCAUCAUCAACACAAUCGACACUGUCGUCAAAUUCAACUAGAUCUUUAAGUCCUGCGCAAAAAUCCUCGGUAUCUCAUGUUCCAUCUAGAGAAGAGAAACAGGCAGAGCUAAAUAGAAAAAGGGAAGAAAGAAAACAGAAAAUGGCGGAAUUGAAAGAAAAAAAGAAAAAAGGAUCGGCACUUGGAGCAAAAAAAUUAUGA